AUGUCUGCAGGCAAGAAUCUCUCCCUUCUCUCUUCCUCUUCUCUUCCUCCUCUUUUGCAUAUAGAAGCUAAUGGAAAUCAAAUUGUAGUGAGGAUCGUCUGUGUAGGCGAUGACAGCGUGGGCAAGAGCAGCCUCAUCACCUCGCUGGUCAAAGAUGUCUUCGUGACGAACAAGAUCCAGUCCGUCCUUCCACAGAUUACCAUACCACCCAGCAUCGGAACUCCCGAGAAUGUCACUACCACGAUCGUGGAUACCUCUGCCUUGCCCCAAGAGCGAAAUACACUGCGGAAGGAAAUCCGGAAGUCAAAUGUUAUCUUGCUGGUAUACUCUGACCACUACAGCUACGAGCGGGUCGCACUGUUUUGGAUGCCGUACUUUCGCUCCCUGGGAGUCAAUGUGCCGGUCGUGCUAUGUGCCAAUAAGUCGGACUUGACCACGAACGGGAAUACAGCUCAGGUGGUUGAGGAUGAGAUGCUACCUGUGAUGGCAGAGUUCAAGGAGAUUGACUCCUGCAUACGGACAAGUGCCAGGGAACACCACAAUGUCAAUGAGGUCUUCUUCCUAUGCCAGAAGGCUGUUACACAUCCGAUUGCACCUCUGUUCGAUUCCAAGGAGGGGAACCUUAAGCCUGCUGCGGUAGCUGCUCUGAGACGAAUCUUCUAUCUAUGCGAUAAGGAUCAAGAUGGAUAUUUGAAUGACCAAGAGAUGAACGCCUUUCAGGCGAAAUGUUUUGAGAAGCCAUUGUCACCCGGGGAUUUGGACAAUAUCAAGCUAUCUAUCAGCAAAGAAUCGCCGGGUUCUCAAGCCGACAAGGGGAUUAAUCAGAGAGGGUUCAUUCAGUUGAACAAACUAUUUGCAGAAAAAGGACGACACGAGACCAUUUGGAUUAUCUUACGGAAAUUCCACUACACGGACAGCCUGAGCUUGAAGGACAGCUUUCUUCAUCCCAAAUUCGAGAUACCAGAAUACUCCUCGGCGGAACUAAGCCCAGCGGGUUAUCGAUUUUUCGUGGAUCUAUUCCUGCUGUUUGACAAGGACAACGACGGUGGACUCAAUAAUUCAGAGCUUGACGCCCUUUUCGCACCUACUCCAGGCCUUCCAUCUUUCUGGCUUGAAACUUCCUUUCCGUCUUCCACGGUCCGCAACGAAGCCGGCGACAUCACGCUCCAAGGCUGGCUCGCCCAAUGGUCAAUGACAACCUUCGUCUCACCCAGUACAACCCUCUCCUACCUCGCUUACCUAGGGUUUGAGCCAGCAGGUGGUCCUCGCCUUUCGACAACCUCCGCCCUCAAGAUCACAAAAGCUCGCAAACGUCGCCGGCGUGCCGGCCGCGUAGAACGCAACGUAGUCCUCUGCUACGUAGUCGGAGCCCCCUCGUCCGGAAAAUCGUCCCUCUUAGACGCCUUCCUCGCGCGCCCGUUCGACUCACUCUACCGGCCCACUAUAAAACCCCGCACAGCAGUGAACAGCGUUGAGAAAAGCGGCAAACAAUGCUACUUAAUCCUCGAAGAACUUGGCGAGCUCGAGCCCGCCAUCCUAGAGAACCAAGCCAAGCUCGACGCUUGCGAUCUCAUCUGCUACACGUACGACUCUUCUGACCCAGACUCAUUUUCACAUAUCGUGAGUUUACGAAAAAGAUACCCACAGCUGGACGAGUUGCCGGCAAUCUAUACGGCGCUGAAGGCGGAUCAAGACAAGACGACACAGAGGAGCGAGAGUCAGCCGGAUGAGUAUACGAUGAUGUUGAAUAUGAAUGCGCCGCUGCAUGUGAGCGUUACGUGGAACAGCAUUAGCGAGUUGUUCAUCACGUUGGCGGAGGCGGCGACGAAUCCAAGCUCGGCGUUCCCGAAGAGUGAGGAGGAGGCACCGGAUCGCACAGGCGUUUACAUUGCGUUGGGAGCGACGGCGUGCGCGCUGCUUGCGGCGGGUAUGAUUUACAAGAGGGCGACGAAUGCGAAUUAG